AUGGCGGCCGCAAUACGAGCGCUCAACGCGAAGAUACGGUCGAAUCCGUACACCGACUACUUCUGUUCGACGCAUUUCUGGGGCCCGGCCUCAAACUUCGGCAUCCCCAUCGCGGCGGUUAUGGACACGCAAAAAGACCCUGAGAUCAUCUCUGGCCGCAUGACUCUCGCCCUUUGCGCCUACUCCGCGACCUUUGCGCGCUACGCUCUCGCCGUCACCCCGCAGAACUGGCUGCUCUUCGGAUGCCACGUCGUGAACUUCUCGGCGCAAGCGACGCAGGGUUAUCGGUAUCUCAACUAUUGGAACUUUGGCGGUAGGGAGAAGACGAUGGAGGCGAAGGCGAAGGAGGGACUGGGGAGGCUGGAGGAUGUGUCGAAGGACACUGUCAAGAAGGUUAUGGGGGAGAAGUAG